CACUGGCUAACGUUGUCGUCAUUCAUCAAAAGUAUAGGCGUCAAACAGGGACGAGAGUGGGGAAGUAGACCAACCAAGAUGGCGUCCCGCUAUGAAGCAGGAAAUAGUUUUCGGGUUUAUUAGAACACGUUUUGACAACGUCUUAAUAAACGUGUGCUUUAUUGACUUCUCAAAGACGCAAGACGGUGGGGAUACAGACUCUAAAUGGCUGGAAAGAAGUCUGGAUCAGACAUUCACAAUAAUGGGCCCAUCAGUUACCUGGAUGAUGUUCCUUUUAAGAUUAAUGACAAGUUCAAGUGUCCUGCCAAAGUUGGGUUUCCAAUUGGAUUUUGUCUUCCAGACUGGACCCCACUGCUCUCGGAUAUACAAUAUGACUUCUCACUGGAGCGGCGAAGUGUGCAGUGGGGCACGGACCUGGCCCUGGCAAGGAGCGCCCAGCACAAAGCACAGCAGUGCGCUGAGGCCGACGAUGGCAAGGCGGGAGAAGAGACUCCGGAGAUGGAGAGCGGGGGCCCCGGGGACCGGAAUAGGUCCGGCCCUCCAGAAGGGUUGGAGCCAUGCCCACCACUGCCACCUGCGCUGAACCCGGUGUUGGCUGGCCUGAGCCACAAUGCCAUCCUGACUCCACUGCCCGCUCCCAGCCGGAACCCUGCCCGGCCCCCUAGUCCCACGCCCCCACCUCCCCACAGCCUCAAUCUGGCCGACUUUGAGCGUGAGGAAGACCCCUUUGACAAGCUAGAGCUCAAGACUCUGGACGACAAGGAGGAGCUACGCAGCAUCUUGCAGCAACAGUCGGCAUCCCCCCCAGAUCCCCCUGAACCACCCCAGGCUAAGUCCCACCUCGUGCACAAGCCUGAUGGGCUGGUUGGCCUCCUGGAGCUGGAUCGGGACACAGAGCGGCCCUGUAACAUCCGCUCCCUCACUUUCCCUAAGCUGAGCGAGCCCGAGGACACAGCCAUUAUGCGCAAGGGGCUCCCUAACGGCACCCUGCUGACCUCGCUGCACAGGGGUCCACAGAAAGACACGCCUACUAGUCACAUGCACAAUGGUGCAACCAAACAGGUCGAACCCCCGACAGCCCCAGCCCCCCCAUGCGUCACCGAGCCACCCAGUGGCAAAGUGGCCCCAUGUGGCUUGCUGCUCAGCCUGUCUCCGAGCGAGCGUGCCUGUGUGGAGACCUUGGUGGGCAUGGGCUAUUCCUACGAGGGUGUGCUGAAGGCCAUGCAGAGGCAGGGUCAGAAUGUGGAGCAGGUCCUGGACUACCUGUUCAUACAUGGCCGUCUAUGUGAGCGGGGCUUUGACUCCAGCACGGUGGAGGAAUGCCUGGAAAUGUACCAAUGCUCUGAGGAAAAGGCUUUAGAGUUCUUGCAGCUGAUGACUCGCUUUGGAGAAAUGGGCUUUGAAAGGGACACCAUUAAGGAGGUGCUGCUGGUUCAUAACAAUGAUCAGGACAAGGCGUUGGAGGACCUCAUGGCCCGGGCAGCUGCCAGCUGAGUGUUAUGGUGAGGCUACGCAACAGCGCUGGGUGUAAGUCCAGAGAGGAAGCCCCAUAACGACGUAGCGCUACAAGGGUAAGCGACACUCCUGGUUGUGAAGCUGCCACUGCCUCCCGCUGCAGGCCCAGGCUGGGCUCACCUGGCUGCCGGAAAACCAAACACCCGAGUGAAUGAGAGUGUGGAACACGGAGCUCAAAGUGCCCUUUCUCCCUCUGGUGUUUCACUGUCCGCUUAAAUGCUCGUCUUUUUGUCAGAGAGGGCGAACACUAUUUUCUUUUCGAUUCCCUUUUUUGUUUAUAUUUUAGGAACUUUAUUAACAAUUAAUAAAAAAACAACUACUGCGCACCUGGAUUUUGCUCUGGACGGGACUGCAGACAGCACAGAAAGACCAUGUGACAGGAAAUGCAGAGCUACACGUGGUACAUCAGAGAGUUGCACGGUCAGGAUGGUUCAAACAUUGGAAAGGACACAAAACGCGCAAAUAUUUAUAAAUAUAUAUAGCUUGAUUUAUUUAAGUAUGAUAAUGCAUACUUUCAGACAGUUUCAAUAAAUAUUAAUGCUCAUUGGUAAAAUAUUCCAGUGGCGUCUUUAAAAUGUUAGCGUGAGAUUUGGAGAAAAGUGAAACAUUACGAUUCUGUUAUGCAACCAACCUAAGGUGCAAUGGAGAUUGUACCUGCUGUGGAGUAUGACUGAAUGAAGAGGCUUUGUGAUGUUGAUGGGGUGGUGCCUUUGGUAAAUUCAUCAUCUGCUGCUCUCUACUAAUCUGUUUCAAUAGCCUAACCUGUGGUAGAGGGCUUUCUGAGAAAUGACAAUGGUGGGUGUAUAAUGCCCCCUACUGGUGUGCGGAUAGACUGCUGUAGAAUAUGCCCACCAGGGCAUAAAAGAAAGGAAACUGGAGCUAAAUAUUUCUGUGGAUUUACCUUUACUUUAUUUCCCUGUGAUGGAAGUGUGGAAGUAAACAUCUGCCUCUUUCAUUGGCCAACUUUGAGAUCAUUAACAUGUUUCUUUCCCUCCUAAAUACAUUAGUUUUGAAAUGAUCUCAUUGAUGGACACCUUGAUCCUCUGGUUUGUUCCGAAACAAUGUAUGAAUUUCAUUCACAUUUGAAAUUUUUAAUCAGUAAAACCAUUGAAUAUGAAAAGUUAAUAUAUUUACUAUUUUCUCAUCAUCUACAGUUUGCUUUCUAAGGAUCUUUUAGGGUUUAUUUCAUGCAGAUUUCCUACAAUGGAGCCGUUUCUUGAACUGUGAAAAUGUUGUUCCACAAAAAUUUGACACUGUUCUGUCAAUACCUUUAUUUAGAAGUUUAACUUUUUUUAUGGUUUCCAAAAAUUGGAUAUAGCAAGUCGACUCAUGAUUAGCAAAUAUGACGACAGUCACAAUAUUAAAUACAGAAAGGGCUUACAUGUUCUUAGUUCCUGCUUGCUUACUCUAGAAGUUGGAACAAACAGCACAAGAAUCUGAACUAAAGAUGUACCAAUGCAGCAUGUUUUCACAUAAUACACAAGGUAGGGUCUACACUCUGGAUCAUCCUAGAGCCCUGAUUCUCAAAAGUGCUGGAAAUGUAGAGAAAAGGCAUUUUCAUGUAUUGGUAUUGCGUGAUUGCGAUUUGGCCAAAAGGUGCAGCAUUGAAAUAGUGACCAACUGGGGACGAUCCCUUUGAAUUCUUUUAGGUAUGAUUUGUCCCUCUGCACACUAAACUGUUGAGGCCCUUAUAGUCUGGCUCAUUGAACUUUCCAGAGGUACAAGCAAGACCAGCCUUACAGCCAUAAAAUCAUUAAAAUAAACUGAGCAGUCAUUGCUGUUACUGAAUGAAAUUAAAGCAGUGUUGCCAUCAAGGUGUGUUUAUACAAUAAAACUGUUCCACAAUG